ACCGUAGCUUAGAACUCAAAACACUACCAGUUCUUCAUCUUGUCGUCCUAAACUACAGUAGUAAUACUGCGAUUAUUCCUACUACUAAAUGCUUAUUAUUUUCACAUCUUCCUUUGCAAUGGUUGUCACAAGUAUGGAUUUACUGAAAGUAAAAUGUAUAUUUCCUUUUGAGUCUCUUAGGUGUGUUUUGGGUACCAGAAGCAGUAGACAUUGACAGACAACGGACUGGCGGUACUCAUUCCUAGGGAGAUUUAAUCGAUGAUUACAUCUUGGCUAAUGCGCUUUCUCAAAUAUGUAAAUUGAUUCGUACGAUAACUGACAUCUGGGUUCGGCUCUGUUAUAUGCUCUAAUUAUAGUCAUCUGAAAGAAAACUAGAGUAGUAUGGCUCAAAAUAAGCUAAAUUAGUGCGGUUUUUUAAUUUUUACUAAUCAGUUUCAUCCGUUUCUGAGUCGUAUUCUCUAUGUCCAGUUCACUACUAGCGUGGAUAUUGUUACCUUGAGUUCCCUGAUUUCCACUUAUAUUAACUUCCUUCUGUUGCGUUGAAGUCAGUUGAAGCAACUCAAACUGAUAUAUUUUUAUCAAGCCAUAAGUCGCUGUCUCUCCCCGUUUUGUUAUUCUAAUCAAAACCUGACUGAUCAGUCGCUCUAAAAUAUUAACCAACUGAAUCUAGUUACUAGUUUCUUUAUAAUACAGUUUUCAAAUUCGCCAAAAUGUAAGAAAUAAAAUAGUAGGGGUUUAAUAUGGUACAUAUAAAAAUAGGGGAUUUCUGAUCGCGACCCAAUAAGCUUUACAGAUUAUGCAAUGGUGUAUGUUCUCACCCUUUCUAUCCAGGUUCAAAUAUUCAUCGGCCGGGUGACCAGUCUUGUUAAAACAUCGUUCUUUCUGAAAUUCUCUUGCCCUAACAUAUACUACAGAGACAAUGGAAACAAGAUGUGUUUCUCUCAUUUUCACCUCAAAAUAGACUAAAAGUGUACUAAUUGGGUCUGAUACACUGUAGCGCUAAAGGAAUUGUGUUUUCUAAAAACCCACUUCGUCAAGAUAAUUAGUAUCCAGUCAUAGGCUAGUUUGUUUGGAAUAUCUGAAGCACUAAGUCAGUUUAGUUUACGUCUGUCAUUUUCAGAAAAGUUGUCUUACUGUCACCAAAUUCCAUGCUGUUGACUGGGGGUAGUUGCCUAUGCAGUUACAGAUACAAUCUCGGUUAAGCGUCCAAGUAGUUAGAUUUCACUGUUUUGCCUCAUACUGGAUACCCGUUCUGCAGAAUUUUAUUAACACUACAGACCAGAUAAUAUAGAAUCAUUCACUACUAAGCGGUCAGUUGUUAUGACUACAUAAAUGUACAAAAUUACGUGUCAUCACAGUAUUGCUGUUUGUACUAACAAAAUUUGAGUGUCACUUUCAUUCAUUAGUUCUAAUGGUCAUUCAGUUCUAAAUUGUGUUCAGACAGCCGUACUAGGUUUACAACUAGUACAGAAGAUGUAAGACGUGUUGAUGAAUCUUUUAUUAUUGAUAAAUAAUGUUGUUAACGAAACCUGUUAAUUUACUUCAAGAGGAUGGCCUUGAGUCGGAUACUCAUUAUCGUAACACUAACAGGUUCCCGAGCACAGAUCUCAUUCCGUAGUUUAUUACCCUGAGCUCACUUUUUUAGUACGCCUUUGCCCGUUAAUUCAUCGGCCCAGUAGUCUCUUGUUUUUCAUAUUGCUUAAUAUAUACACAGUUCGUUACACUUAGUUGUGUGUGCACAUAUUUGGGUAAUUAGCUGUUUAGUAUCAUUCAGAAGAUAAAAAAGUCUUUUUAAUUUACUUCGAUUUUGAAUAUGUACAUUUACGCAUCACUUUUGAAUGUAGAAAUAUUUAGUAAUCAAUUUGCAUUGAUUUACUUUAGGAUGGCAGUGUUUAAGAUGUUCUCAUUGCCAAAGAGACUUUUCACAGUCUCUUUACGUCAUUAUUGCUUUAAAAUCCUCACCAUGUAUGUAAUAUUGGAUAAUCUCUUUCUGUAGGGAAUUGGAAGAAGACUGUAGUGACCUUCUUGAAGGUUGCAAAGUAGAUGACCAACGCAUGGAACAAAAGUUAUCUAUGUUCAUCGAUAUGUCUGAUGGAAGUGAAGUUAGCAAAGCAGAAACUAUUUACACGGCAAACUUAUCCACUGCUCGGAAUAUGCUGUCUGAAGCAAUAAAAAGUCAACAACACUCCAAAGAAAUAUGUUUCCCGCCUGGUAUGUAAAAAUCAAUUCUAAAAUAAUUGUGUUAUAAAUUUAAAACAAUAAAGCAGUAAGAUACAAGGAACCAAGAUGAAUACUUCAUAAAAUAUUAUUGCCGAGUUACAAAGAUGUAAUAUGACAACGUUUAUAAAAAUUAACAAUCAGAUACAGCUAUAAAAGACUGCCUAUUUUUUGCUUUUCAUUGUACACUGUACUGUCUCUAAACAACAGAAACGGAGUCUUUUGCAGAUAGUUGGUAUAUCAGGAAAUCAGUAAAAACUUUUCGAAAUGUAAAUUAUUACUUCUGUGGUUUCGUUCUCCAAGCUGGCUGGUCUAAUUGGGAAGCUCCCGUUGUUCUUCUAAACGACAUCAUCAGGAUAGACCUCAAGCGGAAGUGAGGCAUUUGAAUUUUUCCAUAUAUGACCGAAAGAUUGUCCUGCCGAUCUUGCGGAAACACUAGCUAUACAUCUGGAUAAACCAGAAUUAUGUGUCCAUAAGAAACUAUUACAACCUCUUCUACCACGGUCUUAGUUUCUCGUAUCUUUUCUUUCUUCAUACCUUUCUUUUCUCACAGCCAUCUUCUUUCCCCUUAUCUUGAACAUAGAACUUUUCCCCCAUCCAUUUCUGUUUCUAUGAUCCUCUUGAUUACAGUUCAUUCCAACUUCAACAUUUUAUCAUGUUGAGUCUUCUCUUCCCAGUUAUAAUUUCCCUAUAUAUCUUCAUAGUGAUUAUUCAAGCUCUUAAAAAAUUAUCAUUAGUUUCCUUAAUAAAAAUAACGCUUUAAUCCCUUUGUUUAUUCUACCUGACUGUUAUCAUGUUUAGCAGAACUUUUAUCACAACUACUGUAGUUAUUUUCAUUUAAAAAAAAAGAUUCAGUAUAUAUUUGUGAUUUUAUAGCUUUGAAAAUGAAUUCGCCGAAAAGGGAACUCUUCGCUGAACCAAUCUUAUUUUGUCUUCAUCUUAUUGUUAGUAACAUUAUCAACAUUAUUACUGAAGCUUCCUUACUCGAACACUAUUGGUUAGUCCAAAUUUUACAGUGGACUAUCAUAUGCAGUCUUUACUUCAAGCGUAAUACCUCAGCACCACCAAUCUCUUUAUUUUAUCUAAUCGUAAAAACCCCUAAAUGUUUGUUUUUCCGGUUUUUGGACUAAGGCAUGACGUUAUAUAAAGCCGUUGAUCUUCAUUUUGAACCGUAUAGUGGGAUGCGAACUUCCUGGUCGGGUUAUGUGACAUAACUAAAAGCAGUUACUGGCUUUCUUCCGUUCUACUGAUUUACAGUGUAGCAAGUUGAACCAUUACAUAUUUAUUCUAGGUUCGUUGUUUAAGACUGUGUCCGUUGAUUUGAAUGAACUAGUUCACAUACGUUUAUUUUAUGUAUUCGUAACGGUGGAAAGUCAUUUGACUGUUACUUGUAAUACGAUUCUAAGGUUACCGUGUAUUCUUACUCAUUGUCCUAAUUAUCUCGAUUUUCUUCACCUAAUAAUAUAAUUACAUGAGUUAUUCCCUCUGAGCUCUAUAGACGAGUUGAUUCUUUUUACCAUGGAUGCAAGCGUCUUUCAAUAUGUAAGAUUUGAUAUUCAUGUGCAUCAUUUUUUUGUUUAUUCAUAAUUCAAACGUUCUUAGUAACAUUUCGACGUUUUCUAUUAUUUAAGAGAUGAUCCGUAUAAUGCUGAGGUGUCUCUGGGCCCAUGACGGGGAUCUUUUAGUACUAUUAUUUCCUAUGCUUAAAGCUGCAAGAUUAAACCACACAUUUCCUACCGACGUAUUUUUUAUGGAUAAUGUUCUGUUGUCUCCUUCUCUUUGUCGUUGGGUAAGAAGUUUAUCUUGAGUGUUGACUCUUCAAUGUAGUAUAAUGUCCAUACCCUGUUUCUAAGUAUAUACAUAAAUAUUUGUUAACAGGACUGUUUCUUUUCUGCCCUUUAACUUAUCUAAAAUUUACAAAAACCGAAGACCGACUAAUUCCUUAGUAGUUAUAUUUAUACCACCCUUUUAUAAAAGGAUCCCUAGGAUGCUUAAUUCACUAAAAUACUAACAUAUGCACACACAACAUCCAAGGGAUUUGUAGUUGAAGCUAGUAAUCCUGAUUAGCUGGCUAUCUUCUUUUAUUGUUUAAGUAUAACUUUGUGCUAAUGGUGUCCGGAAACAUAAUGAAUUCCUUAUAAUUAAAUCAUUUCACUCGGGGAAUCCAAUAUUAUCAAAAUCAACUUCCUGAUUUACAAAUUUCCACCACAAUAUAUGUCUUUCUUAGAACACAGUAUUAUAGUGUAAGGUCUAAUGUUCCUGGCUAAUUAUAAAUUUAUUGUUUUGUUCAAACAUUGAAAAAGUCUAUAGAGGAUGGUCGCGCAACGUCGUGGAUUGGCUAACUUUAGACCAUAACUUUUUUGGAUACUAACUCAGUGGUCUAGAGGUUAAGUGUUCGCGUGCAAAAUCUAAGGUAUUGGGCUCGAUUACCAAGUGCGGAAUCGUGGAUCACGCCCAUAUACUCGAACAAAACGGCCGCCCAGUGAUUCCAGGUUUUCAAUGGUGGUCUAAGUUAGAUCGCUUCAUGAUUUCAAUGAAAUUCAACAGUCUUCACUACCCCAUACUGAAAAUUCAAGAAUCAUGUUCUAGUAUUGGAUCUGCGUAUUCCAUAACAUCGGUAAAUCCCUGUAAACUCUAGUAGUGGCAUACUUUGUGCUCACUUUAACCUAAAUUUCAAUAGUCACAGGCCGAAUUUUAGAAAGCCGAGAGGUACUUCUCUGUGUGAUAAUAAUGAAGCUGAUUUAUCACCCUAAAUAUUAGAUGGAAUUUCGGUUGUUGUCUUUGUAUUGCAUUUGAUUCGAUGAAGCGAAGUAUACUAAUUUUUUAUUUCAGCCACGGCAUGUUGGAAAUUUGGUUUAUGAGCAUCCGGAAACUGCUGUUUAUGUCCGUAUUGUAAAACGAGCCCAAUGUUUACACAAUAUCGUAGAGUUUAUCCGUCAACGCAAUGAAGUGAGCAAUUCUGCUGAUGUAAAUAAACCUCCAGAACCAAAGUCCACAACUAGUGAUGGUGGUCUGAUUGAUGAUGCACAAUCAGAUGGUGCACUUAAACUUGCAACUGUGCUUCUUCAAGCGGCUGUUAAUGGAAUAUACGAUAUGAGUAUGGCAAUCACACCUCUAGGACUAGAGUCCAGAAGUGGAAUCAGCAGUAACGCAGUUCGACUACCCGGCCUAAGACAACGUUUAGAAAGAAAAGAAGGUCUCUUCCGUAUGCACAUGAUGGGAAAACGUGUUAAUUUCGCAUGCCGUUCUGUUAUUAGUCCGGAUCCGAAUCUCAGUGUUACUGAGGUUGGAGUACCGUUAUUUUUCGCAUUCCGUUUAACAUUCCCAACACCAGUAACAAAAUUCAAUUUAGUUCAUUUACGUCAAUUAGUAAUGAAUGGACCAAAUAACUAUCCAGGAGCUACAAGUAUUCAGUUUUCAAAUGGUAUCAUUACUAUGCUGCCGCCAAAUGAUACUCCACAGGCUAAAAAAAAACGUGAAAUGUUAGCUUUGCGGUUAAAACCACUUAUUUCGGGUAAAGAUAACAUACCUAUCGUUGUUAAUCGUCAUCUACUUGAUGGUGAUAUGCUUAUUAUGAACAGACAACCAACCCUUCAUCGGCCUUCAAUGCAAGCACAUCGUGUUCGAAUAAUAAAGUGUUCUGGAGCAAAAACUCUCCGAUUACACUAUUCAAAUUGUAAAGCUUACAAUGCAGAUUUCGAUGGGGACGAAAUGAAUGGUCAUUUUGUUCAAAGUUAUGCAGCAAAAGCUGAACUUGAAACAUUAGCUUCUGUUCCACAUCAAUAUUUAGUACCUAAAGAUGGAACACCACUUGCUGGGCUUAUACAGGAUCAUGUUAUAGCAGCAGUUAAAUUAACAAUGCGUGAUCGGUUUUUCGAGCAUGCUGAUUAUUUGGAUCUUGUAUAUCAUGCUCUUCGACCUUUAUUUGCUAUAAACAGACAAACAUCUUCGGGCCCACCAUCUAUUAUAACAGUUAAACCUGCAAUAUGUUGGCCGAAAUGUCUCUGGACUGGAAAACAAGUUAUUUCAACAUUGUUAAUAAAUCUCACACCUUCAGGUUUAUUACCACUAAAUGCUACCCUUUUAGGUCGACGAACUAAAGCUGAACUUUGGUCUGGAGUUGCUCCCGGUGAACCAACACCAUUAUCCGAUGUAGAUUUAGUUAUAUGUGAUGGUUAUCUUGUAUCUGGCAUGUUAGACAAAUCACAUAUCGGUUCAAGCAGUACAGGUUUGAUACAUUGUGUAUAUGAAGCAUAUGGUCCUGAAUCUGCUUCAUGUUUAUUAAAUGGGAUUAGUUUACUAGCCAAUAGGUUUUUAAAAUUCAUUGCCUUCACAAUGGGUUUGAAAGAUAUUUUACUUUCACAUAGAGCAGAUGAAGAAAGACAACGUCGUUUCAGUAAUCUUAAAGAUCUUGGCCUCUGUGCUUUUGCAGACACAUUCAGUUUAAAACCAGACGAACUAACCGAACAUAAUGUGAAACGUUUAUAUCGUCAUGCACAAUUCCCUUCAUCUACUGACCAGUCUUCUCAAAAGCGUCUUGCUCAGUUGGACAUGGCAAUUAAAGAUCGACUAAAAAGGGCGCAAGAUGCAGUAUGUGACUCUGCGAUCCCAGGAGGCUUAUAUGUCGGUUUUCCAGAGAAUAAUUUACAACUCAUGGUUCAUGUUGGUGCUAAAGGUGGUAUGGUUAAUGCUCAACAAAUGUCUGUCGCUCUUGGUCAGAUUGAAUUAGAAGGUCGUCGUGUCCCACUAAUGCUAAGUGGCAAAACACUACCUUCAUUUCCACCUUACGAUGUUCGUCCACGUGCUGGUGGUAUGUGUACUGCUCGAUUUCUCACUUCACUACCUGCACAAGAGUUGUUUUUCCACUCGAUGGCAGGUAGAGAUGGUCUUGUUGAUACAGCUGUAAAAACUAGUCGAUCAGGUUACUUACAGAGGUCAGCUAUUAAACAUCUAGAGGAUUUAAGCAUAAGUUAUGAUGGAACAGUGAGAGAUUCAGGAUCUAAUAUAAUUCAAUUUCGAUAUGGAGACGAUGGAGUGGAUGUAUGUCAAGCUGGAUUUUUACAACCUAUUGGUUUACAUUUCUUUGCUGAUAAUGUAAAUCUAAUGAAAAUGCGUUGGCAUUCUGAUAAAAUCAAUACUGAUAAUCCAGCAUAUGCUCAUUUGUUUGAAAAAAACACACUUCCUAAACCUAUACAAAUAAUGGCAGACCAAGUUGGUGUUAAGAGACAAUGUAUUCUACAUAAAACUGUAUCAAAGCAUAAACUUGUCAAGCUUCUCAACAGUAGUAAGAUGGCUCAUAAAGCAUUAAAACUAAUGGAAACAGAAGAGAAAGCAUCCGGAAAAGAUAAGAUAAUGAAUGAAAUAAUCCCUGAACCACCAUGUGCUACAGCGGCUGAACUAAGAGAUUUAUGUUUAGCCAAAAUUAUUAACGCUCAAGCACCACCUGGUGAUCCUGUAGGUUUAUUGGCUGCACAAUCAGUUGGUGAACCUUCUACUCAGAUGACAUUGAAUACUUUUCAUUUUGCUGGACGUGGUGAAAUGAAUGUAACUCUGGGAAUACCACGCUUACGAGAGAUCCUCAUGUCCGGAUCAUCCAAUAUAAGUACACCAUGCAUGGAAGUUCCUAUAUGGCCUACCAAAGAAGCUCAACAACUUAGCGAACAAAUAGCUAAGAAAUUUUAUAAACUGAAAUUAUCUGAGACUUUAAAAUUACCUAUUGGUCAAAAAGUGAACUAUGUAUCCGAUUCGUGUACAUUUGAAUUUAAUUUACAACCGAAAUCAGUCUAUUCUGAUCAAAGUCAUGUAACACCUGUUCGUGUUUUACGUUUUCUUGAACGUAUUCUAUUCCCAGAUUUAGCUCAUCGUUUAAAUGAAGAAUUAAAAGAUCAAGGAAAAACUAGUCUUAUAAAAAGCUUUGCCUUAUCUGCUAUGGCUCGUCAGCAACAAGCUGGUCAAAAUAAAAACUCGGAAGAACCAGCUGAGGAUGCUGAUAUUGUGAAUCAACCAGGUAUUGGUCGUACUCGUGCACAAGACGAAUGGAAUGAAGAUGAUGGACAUGAAGCUAUCAGACGCCGGCGUCUCGAAGCAAAUGCCGAAGAGGAAGAUAUUACUGGUGGUGAUAAUAAUCGUCGUAAAAAUGGAUCUGAUCUGGAUGAAUUGGUCGAUUUAGACUUAGACGAUGAAUAUGAUGCUGAAGCAGCCGAACUACAUGAAAUUGGACAAGAUCGUGAGAAAGAUGACGGUGACGAUGAACAACAAGACGAUAAUGGUAAAUGGCCUUGGAAUGAAUUAUCUCCAUCAAGUAAAUUAAAGAUGCUUCUUGGCAAUCCUUCAAGAUCUGAACAUAAAACCACUACUUCAAAAGGUACAAAUUCUGAUGAAUUUAUCCAAUGGACUGGUGAUCCUGAAUUAAAUCAGUCAGAUGUAGAUGAUGAACGGGAAUUAAUCCAAGAAAAUAUGGAACGAAAUAUAGAACAAGAGAAUGCUAUAAGUCAUGAUGAAGCUCGCAAACGGAUAACGUUUGUUACCAGCCUGCAUGCUCGUUUCAGUGGUUACGAUUUCGACAGAAAAAAUUCAUCGCCGAAAUGGGCACGUCUUACAAUUUGUAUGUUCGAUCCAAACGAAGGACGUAUAUCUAUUGACCUAGAAACUUUAAUUAUGCGCCUUAUUAAUCGAAGCGUUGUAUCCUCGGUAUCCGGUAUCGAAAAGACCAUUAUUGAUCGUUCAAAACCAAAUCAAUGGAUGUUCCGAGUUGAAGGUAUAAACAUGAUUGAGAUGAUGCGUUAUCCACAAGUGUUUGAUUUGAGUCGACUCUAUACUAACAACAUCACUGUAAUGAAUGAAACAUACGGUAUUGAAGCUGCUCGGGCAGCACUUCAAAGAGAAGUAUCUGGAGUCUUUGGUCAUUAUGGGAUUCAUGUGAAUUCACGGCAUUUAUCACUAAUUAGUGAUUAUCUUACAAAAUUUGGCGUUUAUCAGGCUUUUAAUAGACGUUCAAUGAGUUCACAUCCAUCACUGCUUCAGCAAAUGACCUUCGAGACUGUUGCAAAUGUUUUAAAAAAUUCAUUACAAAAUGAUUCUAUGGACAAUUUAAUUUCUCCUUCAGCAAGUUUAGUUACUGGUCGAAUAGUUCAUUAUGCCGGAACAAAUUGUUUUGAACUACUUCAAAAGUUGGCUUGUUAAAUAAAAUACACAUUUUAUCAAUAAGAAAUCAAUAGAAUUUUAUGUGUACAGUCAUACCUUCAAUGAUUUCAUGUAUGUAUGUGUAUGUACAAAAUAUUUCCCAGAUUGAAAUUUAUGUAAAUAUAAAACAGGAAAAUAAUUGCAAUCGUCUUUUAAUUAGUUUUUCUUUUUGCUUUUGAAAUCCUAUUGAAGAUUUUUAUCACUAAUUUGUCACUUGUCUUAGUUAUAUUAUUGCAAUAUAAUCAGACUAAAGAUUUUUUACAUUUUUCUUGUAUCUAAUAAUAGAUAAGUCAAAAUAGGUUGUUGUC